GAAAAUUUUGUUAUCUGGCCCGAUAUCCAGGGAAAGAAAUUCAAACGUGCCGAGUAAGCAGGAAACUAGAAACUGAACUUAUGAGCAUGUUAUUGAUCGGUGGUCACUAGUGCGCCAGCGCAGCGCAAUCCUAAGGGCAAAACAGUAGCAAUCUACCCUCAUUCACGUUUUGUGCAGUGUUCUUGUGUCGUUCCAUCGUCCAUUCGCCGCUUCUAGUUUGACACUUUUAAAGUGUCAUCGCGCGUGGCUAACAUGUCCGGUGACAGGGACUAUAUUGGAUUUGCAACAUUACCCGAGCAAGUGCACAGAAAAUCGGUUAAAAGAGGAUUCGAGUUCACUCUGAUGGUGUUAGGAGAAAGUGGCCUUGGAAAAUCUACAUUAAUAAACAGUCUCUUCCUCGGAGAUCUUUACAAAGAUCGACGAAUCCUUGAUGCAGCUGAACGCAUUGAAAAAACAACAACGAUAGAAAAGAAGACAAUGGAUAUCGAAGAACGUGGAGUCAGGCUACGUCUAACGAUCGUUGACACACCAGGAUUUGGCGAUGCAGUAAAUUGUGAGGACACUUGGAAAGCAUGUUCAGCCUAUAUCGACGAACAAUUUCGACAGUAUUUCACGGAUGAAAGUGGAUUAAAUAGGAAGAAUAUUCAAGACAAUCGAGUACAUUGUUGCUUAUACUUUAUACCUCCUUAUGGUCACGGACUUAGACAAAUUGAUUUGGAAGUAUUGAAACGAUUACAUCGUAAAGUAAAUGUUGUCCCUGUAAUUGCGAAAGCGGACACAUUGACUACAUACGAAGUGAAAAAAUUAAAAGAACGAAUCCUUACUGACAUCGAAGAACACGAAAUUCAGAUAUAUCAAUUUCCUGAUUGUGAUAGCGAUGAGGAUGAAGAAUUUAAGCAACAAGACAAAGAGCUUAAAGCGUGCAUCCCGUUUGCUGUAGUCGGUAGUUCAACAGUGCUCGAAGUCGCAGGAAAGAAGGUUCGUGGUCGUCAAUAUCCUUGGGGAGUGGUAGAAGUGGAAAACCCGAAGCACAGUGAUUUCGUGAAAUUAAGGACAAUGCUGAUAUCUACGCACAUGCAAGAUCUGAAAGACGUCACGCAAGAUGUGCAUUAUGAGAAUUUCCGGGCACAAUGCAUUUCACAAAUUUCACAGCAAGCGAUUCGGGAACGGAGGUAUUUACGCAUUAAACUGAAAAGAGAUUCGGGUCCACAUUUCGAAAACAGUAUAUCAGACACAGAUAGACUACUCUUGCAGAAAGACGAGGAGAUAAGAAGAAUGCAAGAUAUGCUUGCGCAAAUGCAAGAGAAAUUAAAAGCAACAGGACAAGUUGGUCCAGGAAUUGGUCUCAGAGGAAGAGUCGGCAGUCUUGGAAACGAUUUAGAUGCCACGGAUGUCGAAAAGAAACGCAACAGUAUUAUAGAUGUUUAAACUCUUGAUUAUAAUAAUGCUAACAUAUAUUAUUAUUGUUGUAAUUUUUCAUUAUCAUAUCGAAUUUUUGGUUCUAUGUAAAUGCGCACAAGAUUGUCGAAACGUGUUUCAAAGGACGAGAAAGUUUUAUACGAGUCUAUAGGAGUAUUAUUGAUGCAUUAUUAAAUUAAUCAUUAGGUGGUUAAUCAUGUUUACGAACAAGUUUUUACUUUUAUAUUUAUACUGCUUGUAUAGUAG